AUGGGCAAGCCUCUUAGCCGUCCCGGGUGUUUCAGGAAAAGCUCCUGCUGCCUGGAGAAACAUGGCGCUGGGGAUGGGGGAGUGGGAGCACCAGACGGUGCAUUGGAAGGGGGAUACGGAGACGGCUACGUACCCCAGCGGUCCAUCUAUGACACCAUGUGCAUCAAUCAGCAGAUUGACAGCCAUCACCACCACCGUGGAGGGUCCAUGCGGCUAGAUGGUGGAGGUGAGGGGAGCUUUAGCUACUCUGCAAGUGGCUCCCUCAGGAUUAGUAGGUCCCCGACUGACAUGUUUGAUCCUCAGCCUCGCUCUUUAACUACGAACCCUUCAUUCGUACGACGACUGGAUGAAAGAGCCAUCUAUGAUUCGUUGAAGCUUGGGGGUCAAGAUGUCGAUGGUGGGGGCUGCCAUUCACCAGGACGCUUCCCUCGAUCACUUACUACAACUGAAAUGAUGGACAGAGGAGGGGGAUAUCUGAAUCCAGGGCACUACCCUCCCCCUGGGGGCCAGUCCUCCUCUCUUACCUCCCCCCUUAUUUCCCCCUUCUCUGGCUCGCCACUUUCUUCAGGUUACCAUACUCCAGUCUUUUUCUCCCCUGCCAAACCUCGCCCCAGUCAGUCUCAGAGUUUGCGCUGUUCCCCUCCUCAUGUCAUUCAGCCAAGGCAUUACUCUCAAACCCAGAGCCUUAGGCUGUCACCUCCUCAUGAGCUCAGACGAUCAGCCUACUGCUCCCCACUGGUCCAACUGUCUGCUCACGACCUCGAGCAGGAUCUGAGAGGUCGAGGAGGAGGAGGAUGGGGCCGCAGUGAGAGAGAAAGGGAGUGGGAAAGGGAACGGGAAAGGGAGCUGGAGCGCGGAUGGGCCCAGCGAGAGUGGGAAAGAGAGAGGGAGAGGGGGAGGCUGGAGAGGGAGAGAGCGAGAGAAAGGGAGAAGAGGGAAACAUCAACUUUUGGGACCUUUGGGUAUGGCCGACCAACUCCUUUGCGUUCAGACAGAGAUUCUGUGUUUUUAGAGCCUGACCAGGUUUUAGAUACAACACCCCUUUUGAUCCCCCAGCCCUUACCUUCACCUACUCCCAAUGCUGCCCCCAGAAUGGGUACGGGCGUUGUUGGUAGGAACAGAGCAGGCUCAAAGGUUGGCCCUGAAAGUGUAGGUGGUGGAAUGGUUUCUAAGUUUGACAAUGGGAGUGUGGGUUUGAUGUUAGUUGACAGCAAAUCUGGGUGUGGACAAAGGUUAGUAAGUGAAGCUGGGAGUGCAAACAUGUCAGAGGCUGAAAUCAGGGCUGGAAUACAAGAACACCAUAGAACUGAAAAGUGGAACAAAUAUGACAACGGAUCCAGGGCUAGCAUCAAAAAUGGGUCUGAAACAAGAAUGGGCUCCCAAGUGAAAACAAGACCAGGAGGACGAGAUUUGGAAGGAAAGGUGCAAUCUGGGAUAGAGAGAGAAAAUAUGGUUCCAUCUGUGAAGGAGGGCCAUAGGGGAGGGACAAGGAAUGAAGAAAAAACUGUAAGGGGUGCUGCUAAGCCAGAACCCAUUGCUGAGGCUACACCUUCAGCCAUGGCUGACCCUGAGAACAGGGUUGUGUUCGGAGAUAAAGUUAAGGUUGGAGAUGAAUCUGGUCCAGGAAUGAAGCCAGAGGUUCAGGCAGAGGCUGAGGCUAAAGCUAGUUCACAGCAGGUGGAAAAUAGAACUGAAACACAAGCUGAAGUUUUAGCUAAAGUUAAUAAUGAGGAUGGGUCAGCAGGAGAGUCCAUAAUAGAAGCUAAAGUUGAGACAGAAGUUAAGAUUUGUUUUGAGUCUAAGGCAGUAAAUGAAGCUGGGGUUGGUAAUGAGACAGGGACUAAGAGUAACACUGUGCCUGAGAUUGUCAGUGAAACCCAGAACAGCACUAAGACUACAGAUAAAGCUCAGGUGACUGUUGUAGCUGAAGAUAAAACUGAAAUCUCCCCUGCAGAUCAGCCUGUGGUCAUUGAUAAGAUUGAAUCUAGCCACAAGGAGAAAAGUUCCAGAUCACAUAAGUCUAAAUCAUCCAAGUCCACUUCCAGGACUCGACCUGGCACAGCCACAGGGCUGCGGCCAGGCAUGAUCAGCCCACAGCUAAACACAGGGCUUGAGGAUCUUGAGUCAACAGGCCCAGCUGAAGGCAUCGAGUCCACCUGGCCUCGCCGAAUCAUUGUCAGAAAAAGGACUGUUAGGCAGGGUGGGGCACUCCAUAACCUCCCUAUUCUCCCCCCACUUCCUUCUGUCCUCUCAGCAAUGGAGAAGAGGCGCCCACAUGCUCACCUCCCUCCCCAUCCCAGCCACUUCUCAGAGAACCCGCUAACAAGCCUAAUGACCGCUACAAGUAUUGUGGGACGAUGCUCACUUAAAGAGCCCUUGCAUCCAGAACCAGCACAAGGGGCCAGUUUGGUUGGCAGGGCUUCACUUAAGGAGCAGAACUUGGAGCACUGGAGGGUCUGCAGAGAGCAGGACGAACCCAGGAGAUCACAGAGCAAGGAGAAACAAGGAGAGCAGAGGAGGGAGAAAACUGAGAGGGGAGAGAGGAAGGGGAUGGAAGAAAAGAGAGAUAAAGAGAGAGGGGGGGAGAAAGACAAAAAGGAAGAGAGAGUCAGUAAAGAGAAAGAGGAGAUUAUCCUUAGCGAGGGACAUGAGGAAGAAACCAAAGUAGAAACCAGAAGAGUUGAAGAAGAAGUCCAAGAAAAUGCUAAUAAAAUUAAGGAAGUAACGCAGGAGAAGAAUGUAGAAAUAAUGUCUGAAAAGCUGGAGAGUAAAGGUAUGAAAAUUAAAGAUGGAAUACAUGAGUGGCAUAAACAAGAGCUGGAGGAGGUGGUGGCUAAAUUACAGAUAGAAGAAGGUGAUGUAGAAGGAGGAGAAGGAGGGACAUUUGGAGAAGAAGGACAGAUGGAGAGUUGGGAUUCCGUCAUUGACAUGGUCAACACUUUGUGGGAUGAGGGCUGGGAUAAAGGCAGAGCAGGAGGAAGUGGUGAUACAGAUUCCCUCUCAGGCUCUCUGCCACGGUGGCCUCUCCUCCGGCCUCCAGUUGGCUUUGGGGGCUCCCACCCCCCUUCAUCAGCAGCCUCGGAGCUCAGCUUGACAGAGUUAGAGAGGAGAGCCAGGGAGCUUGACUCUGACCUGGAGCAUCUAGACCUCUCUCAGCCUCAUAGGGACAGCCAGGAAUCAUACCAAACACUGAUGGAGCCACAGAGGGAGCGAGGUGACAUGUACCAAACACACCCUGGGACGCAGAGAGAGAAAGCUGCUGCCUUGACAGGAGUGGGGAGAAGAUCCCAGGUCAGUUUGGAGAUCAGUGCUACAGACACAGACAGGCUUCCUGUCGAGUGGUCGACCAAGUCUGCUGGGACUUCCUCUGUUGGCACCAGCUCCACUAAGGAGGACAGCUCUCCAGACUCCAACCUAACAUUGGAGUCCGACUCCAGUGGCGUCUUCCUCUCUUUAUCCAAUCAGAGCCAGGAGGAGGCUGGCUCUGACAGCGACCAGCCAAUCAGUGGCUCUGACCUAGGCAGCAGCAGCACAUCACUGGAAAAAGACGGGGAUGAUGGUUUAAAGGAAUGGGGAAGGGAGGAGAGUGCAGAGCUACAGUGGUGCUACCCAUCACUCCUUAACACCUCACAGGAUGACAUAGAAGGAGAUGGCAAAAGAGAGGAAGCAGGAUAUAGAAAGAUAGGGGGUGAUGAAGAGCGAUGGAAAGAUGAAAAUGGAGGAAAAGAUGAUAAGAUAGGAAUGGUUUCAAUCAUUAAUACGCCACUUGACCAUACAGCCAUUGAGGGCUCCCCAACUAUAAAUGACCCACAAAGGGAAGAAAUGCCUCACAGAAAAAAAGUGACUCUUAUGGGAGGUGAUUCUCCUCUUCCUUUGUCUCCCACAAAACAACCAAUCAAACACCUUCUAGACCCUAGUCAGAAACCAAUCAGAAGCUCUGGACUGGACUGUAGUGACUUAGAUCCCUUUGUCCAGUUGGACAGCUUUGUCUAUCUCGCUGUAUCUGCAAGACCUGCCUCCCAGGGUGAAGUCACCACAGUGACAGAAGUUCCCACUAACGAUACAAAACAAGGCAGUGUACAGCAACAUUCAGAUAGCAUGAAAAUACACUUGGACCAGGCAAAUACAGAACAAGAUGGCAAGCCAACUCACCUUGCCCCACAAAAGCCAGAGGAAGGAGAUUUUCUGUGCACUGACAGCUUUGUCUACCUGGCUGCUCCAGCCUGCCUCCUGCUUGGCCCUCCAGGAAGCUCAUCCUACAGUGGCAGGGAGUCAGACUCGGAGAGUUCAGACUCUGGCCCUGUUGAUCUGUCAGUACUUGGUUGUGACUCAGUGGCAGGAGACAGUGACUGGGACUCAGACCUGUCUGACUCUGAUCCCAGUCGCCCCUCCAGAAUCGUUGCUGCUGGUAGCAAAUCUGCUGGCAUAGUGCGACCCAAGCGGCUGGCAGCUGAACCAGCCUCGGGCUUAGUGAGGGUGACAGCAGCAGAGUUUAAAGCUGAAUCUAGUGUUGGCAUGCAGCAGCCAUAUUUGUUGAUUGAGACUGAUGAUGAUCUGGUGGAGCCCUACAUGUACCUGCAGGGUCAGUGA